CAGUCCUUCACUCUCACUCAAACUCCCUUUCCUCUCUUGCUUUAGUCUCUUUCUCUCUCUCUCUCUCUCUCUCUCUUGAGUUGUUUUCUAGCGUUACUUUCCGAAUUGUGGGAUGGCCUUGGAGGCUCUGAAAGCGGCGGCAGCGGUGGCGCCGAAGAUGCCGCCGCCGCCGCUUGGGGAGGUUGAUUUUCACAGUUUCAAGAAGAGGCGGUCGUCUAAGCGCCCCCGCACUGAGAGCCCGCAGCCGUCGCAAAGUGAAGAGGAGUAUCUGGCGAUGUGUCUUGUUAUGCUUGCUAGGGGGGAGGAGCCGCGGAGGAGGAUCGUGGCUGAGGAGGCCGCCGGGGAAGCGGAGAAGGAAAGUGAGGAGGCUACUCCGCAUCCUCCGCCGCCGUCGCCGCCGAAGUCGGUGCAAGAAACCGUUCAAGAAUACAAGUGUAGCGUGUGCGACAAGGCGUUCGCAUCUUAUCAAGCACUUGGUGGGCACAAAGCCAGCCACCGUAAAUACGCCACCGCCGCCGCCGCGGAAGACAACCACCCCUCCACGUCAACCUCCGUCACGGCGGCGGGUGCUCUGAUCCCCAGCGGCAAGCCCCACGAGUGCUCCAUCUGCCACAAAUCCUUCCCGACAGGCCAGGCUCUGGGCGGCCACAAGCGCCGCCACUACGAAGGCAAACUGGGCGGCGGCGGCAGCCGCAGCGGCACAUCCUCCGAUGGCGCCGUUAUCUCGAGCCGCACACCCCUGGAAUUCGACCUCAACGAGCUCCCACCCUCACCGGAGCUAGACCUUCGCCUGAGCAUCGACUGCGGCCAGCCAAGUCAACCAACUACCGGCGACCAUGAAGUAGAAAGUCCGAUGCCGGCAAAGAAACCGCGCUUAUCCUUCCCAGAAACCGCCUAAUUCAAUUUCAAAAUAUUAUUAUAGUUACCAAAUUCUUCAUGUACAGAGAGUUAGAGUAGGCCAUUGAUUUUAGCUCUUCUCUCUUUGUUAUUACCAUGCAUUAAUUCAUUCAUUGAAUUGGAUAUUUCUUAUUGGUUUGGUUAAUCGGGUAAUUACUUAUAAUUCCAUUUUAAUCAAUCAAUC